ACACAAUCUAUUUCGCCCUUUUCCAAGUAUAGUCGCGUUUUACCGAUCGCUUUCUGUUUUGAAGUUUUGCAAGUUUUGGCUGCAAGCCGAAGCCGAGUGAGUUGUCGCGUUUGUGUGUUUUUGUGUUGAUUUUUACCUGUGCUAAAUUACUUUCGUGAAGGAAGACCGUAAAGUUUUUACGUAUUUGAAAGGGUGUUCCCGUUAAUAAGUCAGUUUUAGGAAGUUUGUAGUGAAUAUUGUGCUUGGAAAUGGCAUCGGCUAGUGCCGGGAGCGGCGAAAACAGUAGCAGUAGCGGUGGCGGAGGCGGCUGGUACCCGCAGGUGGUUCAACCGAAGCGAAAUGGGUACGAGGAGAAGAAAACUACGUCCACCGAGCCGGAUUUUGAGCAGGAAAUAUCGAUGACUUCGGUGGUCGGUUCCGGCGCUACCGGUGAUCAUCGGUUCUGUCGGUUGUGUCUGUCUAAGCAGCAGCAGCUGAAGCCGCUGUUCCCCCCGAGUGGAACCCCAGACGAGACGCUGCUGGGAAGGAUUCUCAGUUGUCUCACCAUCGCACUCACAUUUGAAGAUGAUUACGACACAUUCAUUUGUCGAAUUUGCAUUCAAGAAGUUACAAAAUUCUUCGUCUACAAGGAACAAUGCUUGGCCAAUGAUGCCAUAUUGAGGGGACGCCUUAAACCUUCCAAGAUUAAUUUUAAUACUAGCGGCGAUCAAGCAUCUGCCAAGGCUCAAGAUAAAUACAAUGAUGAUGAAGAGGAAGAAGAACCCGACUAUGAACCCAUUGAUUCCGAUGAAUUUGACAUCCCGGACGAGGAAGAUAAUAGCGAACAGUCGCAGGAGUUCAAUGAAUCUCCUAGCGCCGUGCCAAGAACUGGCCUUGCAAUGGAACCAUGGAAGCUAAAGCCACUGCCAAAGCAACGAGCACGCCGAGAAAACGUCCAGGAUUAUUACUACGGAGGGUAUCGGUACACCUGUGCCACUUCCCGUGCCAACGGCAAGGUCCACUGGCGGUGCAUGUACAAAUCGAAGCUCAAGUGUCGGGCCGCCAUUCUCGUCUCCCCGAAUGGCACCAUCAACACCGGAUUUCAUCGUCACAAUCACCAACCGGACAAGAAGAAAGCGGUUCCUAAUGACGUCGACGGAACUAUUAUAGACGUGCACACCGGGCGAAAAGUCACCUACAAGAUGAUCAAAAGCCACCGAAGUCCAAUCCAUCCGACACAGAUGAUUUGCAAUGGUUACAAGUAUCGGUACGCCAGGUCCACCCAGAAGCAGACCACAUACUGGCGCUGCAUGAAGCACAACGGAAAGGAAAACUGCAAAGCAAUUCUGUCGUUCCGGAUGGACUUUAGCGCGUGCUCGUCCAAUGGCCAUCCGCACAACCACCCGGCCCAGUACGACAUGAGCAAACCGCUACCGGAUGUGCUGGACGAUGAGCCGACAAAAUUCACGGAAGAAGUGGUCAUCCCCCGUAAUGGAAAUAACAUAUCUGACGUAAGGAGCAGCGCCACCCCGAAAGUACUUAAAGGUCACAAGAAGAACGUGAUGGUUCACAAGGGGUACGAAUACGGAUUUCCCCGUAUCGAUCGGCAGUACUCGCGCUGGGCAUGCUUCAAAAAGAGUCUGUUCAACUGUCCGGCCAAUUUGAUUACCAACGCUGGCGGGAGGGUCAUCAAGGAGAGCGAGUGGGCUCACAACCAUGGAGCGAAUGACGACUACGCCAAAGAAACGGUAAUCGAGGGCUACAUGACGGACGCCAAAACCAGCGAGCAGGUGUACUACAAACUCAUUCCGGGAAAACGGGGCCAGCGGUUCGUCCUGUACAAAGGCUACCGCUAUUCGUCGGAUCGGUUCAUGAGCGAUGGCCGCAUGGCGUGGAAGUGCACCAAGUGUAAGGUGUUCAUCGUCAUCGAGGGCCGUUUCGAGUCGUUCGAGGAUCGGGGUAGCGAACACGAGCACCCCAUGAUGGAAGAGGAUGACGAAGGGUUGGACAUGGGCUCGUGUCUGCAGGAACUGCCCGGAAUGGAGGGUGAACAGGAUCCGGUGGAAGACACUAGCCAGGAUGCGACGGGGGGUGAGGGAGAGUUGGAAUUCGGUGUCAAGAACGAAAUGGGCGAGGAAUUUGGGGAAGAAGGGGACGAGGACGAGGAAGAUAUGGACGACGAUCAGGACGCAUUCGCCAGUGACGAAGACCAACUGAUCAUUCCGUAGGGAGAGAAGCUUUCGACAGACUGUUAGGGGUAAGUACCGAAAUGUCUACGUAUGAGAUUUAGAUUUCCGUUUGAUCCAGUCAUUAGAGUAGUAAGUUGUGAAAAUUUAUGCCAAAUUUGAUGUAUUUGUUCGAAUUGUGACUUGUAACCAAUCAGCAAGAGCUGGUGUUUGAAUGUCAAUAUUAUUGAUGGUAUGUUUCAAAGUAA